AUGGCAUAUUCCUACCUGACUUCCGGCACCGCUUCUUCCACCUUCACAUCAUCAACGUUUGGAGGAGACACGUUCAGAAUUGCUGUCAUGGGAGCAGCCGCUGUAGGUAAGACAACCAUCAUCAGCCAGUUUCUGCACGGCACGUUUCCUCGACUUUACUGGCCAACGGUGCAGGAACGCUACACCGAAGACAUUGAUGUGAAUGGAAAGUCCGUUGUUCUGGACAUCUUUGACACUCCUGGAGGCUAUUGCUUCUCUUAUUUAAGAGAAUUAGCCAUCGCCAAUGCUGAUGCGUUUGUGCUAGUGUAUUCAGUCGCAGCUGAGGCAUCCCUUGAGACGGUGGCUAAUCUGAGAGACAUGAUCGUCCGACAGAAGCCUGCUGGUGUUCCCAUCAUUGUUGUUGGCAACAAGACAGACCUGAUACCCGCAACUCCUCGUUUUAUGUCAAGUGAGAAAACCGAAUGCAUGGUGAAUGUAGGCUGGCAGCAUACCUACAUGGAGGUGUCAGUCAAGGACAGUUCCAACGUUUCAGACAUUUUCAGAGAGAUUGCCAUUCAAACCCAAUCUUUUCUGUUCCCUAAAAGAAAUCGUAUCAACAUCUUCAAAAGAAUCAAACGUCGUUUGAAGAGGAGCGAGUCGGGGAAAAAUGAUUAA